AUGGCGCAGGGCUCGCCGGCGGCGCCGUGGGAGCUGCCCGCGGCGGGCAGCCGCUCGCGGAGCUCCAGCAGCGAGGCCAGCCUGGCCGCCCACUGCCUCCUGAGCAAGCAGAGCCGGCUGCUCAACGGGGCGGCGCGCGCCGGGGCCCGCACCGCCUCGCCCAUGGGCCGCGUCAUCCUCAUCAACUCGCCCAUCGAAGCCAGCAGCAACGAGAGCGACAGCAUCAACGCCGUCACGGUGGAGAAGAGCGCCGACGGCAAGCUGGGCUUCAGCGUGCGCGGCGGCUCCGAGCACGGGCUCGGCAUCUUCGUGAGCAAAGUGCAGGAGGGCAGCGCCGCCGAGCAGGCCGGGCUGUGCGUGGGCGACAAGAUCACGGAGGUGAACAGCGUGAGCCUGGAGAACAUCACCAUGAGCAGCGCCGUGAAGGUGCUCACGGGCAACAACCGCCUCCGCAUGGUGGUCCGGCGCAUGGGCCGCGUGCCCGGCAUCAAGUUCUCCAAGGAGAAGACGGCCUGGGUGGACGUGAUCAACCGGCGCCUGGUGGUGGAGAAGAGCGGCUCGACGCCGUCCGAGAGCGGCUCYGAGGACGGCCUGCGCCGCAUCGUCCACCUCUACACCACCUCCGACGACUACUGCCUGGGCUUCAACAUCCGCGGCGGCCGCGAGUUCGGCCUCGGCAUCUACGUCUCCAAGGUGGACCCCGGCGGGCUGGCGGAGCAGAACGGCAUUCGAGUAGGAGACCAAGUCCUUGCAGCCAACGGAGUCAAGUUUGAAGACAUAAGCCAUAGCAAGGCAGUGGAGGUGCUGAAGGGGCAGACCCACAUCAUGCUGACCAUCAAGGAGACCGGCCGCUUCCCCGCCUACAAGGAGCUCGUGGCCGAGUACUGCUGGCUCAGCCACCUGACCAACGGGCAGCUGCAGCAGCUCUCGCAGGCCUCGGAGACCAGCUCCUCCAUCUCCUCGUACUCGUCGGGGCCGGCGCCGGGGGCGCUGAACGGGCCGGGCGCGCCGGCCCGCACCGUGGACGUGGCCAUCUCCACGGAGGACGGGCCGCGGGGCGGCCGGGGCCGGGAGCGCGCCGAGCGCGCCAUGCAGACGGAGCCGGCGGCCGAGGGGCUGCCCGAGACGCGGYGCACGGUGCGGCCCCCCGAGCUGCUGCGCGACACGGCCAUCCGGGGCGGCGCGGGCGGGCGCGAGCCCCCCGGCGCCCUCGCGCGCCGCCCCUUCGCCCACUCGCCCAAGACGGCGCUGCUGCUGGCGCUCAGCCGGCCCCGGCAGCCCAUCACGCGCUCCCAGAGCGACCUCACCGUGGCCGAGGAGAAGCGGAAGAAGGAGAAGCCGGAGGGGCAGAGGGUGCGGGGSGCGCCCCCCGGCCUGCACCGCUCCAAGACCCUCGUGAACCUCUUCUUCAAGGGCGGCCGUGCCAGCAGCCAGAGCUGGGCCCCCCCCGGGCAGGAGCCCCCCGCGCCCGAGCGCCGGGCGCGCGCCAAGUCCCCGGGGCGCCCCGACGGGGACAGAGUAGGCGCCGUGCAGAAGUGCGUCAUCCGGAGCCUCAAGCGGGAGAAGAGCCGCCGUGCCAGCAUCCUGGGCGCCGCGGGCACGGCCGCGCUGCCGCCCGACGAGCCCGAGGGCCGCCUGCCGCGCAUCCAGGACACGGCCGCGCGGCUGCUCAGCGCCGACGAGGUGGCCGCCGUGCUGCGCCACUGCACCCGGUACCUGCACGAGGGCGGCGUGGAGGACCUGGUGCGGCCCCUCUUAGCCAUCCUGGACCGGCCCGAGAAGGUGCUGCUGCUGCGUGACGUGAGGAGCGUGGUGGCCCCCACGGACCUGGGCCGCUUCGACAGCAUGGUGAUGCCCCUGGAGCUGGAGGCCUUCGACGCCCUCAAGAGCCGCUCGGUGCGGUCGCCCGCCCUCCGCCCGGCCCACCACGAUGUCCCCCCCAAGAGACACCUCAUCACACCAGUGCCUGACUACCGGGGCGGAUUCCUGCUGAAGCCGGCGGGAGCCCCGGAGCCGGAGGAGGCCGGGGCUCCGCGGGCCGCCGGCAGCCCCCGGCGCUGCCACCCGCCCCGCUCCUACACCCCGCUCCCCGACGACGGCGAGGAGCGGCUGCUCACCGUGACGCUCUCCAAGCUGAAGCACUCGCUGGGCAUCAGCAUCUCGGGCGGCAUCGAGUCGCGGGCGCAGCCCAUGGUGAAGAUCGAGAAGAUCUUCCCCGGCGGAGCCGCCUUCCUCAGCGGCGUCCUCAAGGCCGGGCACGAGCUGGUCUCGGUGGACGGCGAGAGCCUGGAGCACGUGACGCACCAGCGCGCCGUGGACACCAUCCGCCGCGCGUACCGCAACAAGGCCAAGGAGCCCAUGGAGCUGGUGGUGCGCGCGCGCGCCGCCCUGACGCCGCCGCGAGCCGCCCGCGCCGGCGGCUCCCCCGGGAGCGCCCGGGACACGAGCGGCACACGCGGCGCCGCUGCGGACGCACAGACGUGA